GCCAGGGAGCUCUUCUCCCUCUUUCUCCUGCUGGGGUCCCCGGGGGCCAGUGACGCUAGAGCCCCCACCCUCACCCCGCCCAGCACCUGGUGCACGCAAAUCCUUUCUCCACCGGUCUCUACUUCGCUGCGUCUUUUGGUGAUUCAGAGCCCAGGCCCCGCCCACGGCGCUAAUUUAACUCGGAACGCGGAUUGCAGAACUACCGCGCGCCGCUGCUUCUUCCAGCUCCUCGCUCGAGCCCGCCCCAACCUAACCGCGGAGGCCCCGGAAUCCCGGCGCCGGGUCCCUGUCCCUGCGCGUCAUGAGUCCCGCCCGGCCGAGGGCCCCCGCGGUGCUGCGCCUGCUGUGCGGGCUGACCACUCGGCUGCUGCUGCUGCUGCUGCUGCGUCCCCUGACAGUGCGGGGUGACUGCGGUCUUCCCCCAGAUGUACCUAAUGCCCAUCUAGCUUUGGGAGAUAAUACAAAUUUUCCUGAAAAAAGCACAGUAACCUACAAAUGUAACGAAGGCUUUGUAAAAGUUCCUGGCAAGCCAGACUCAGCGGUCUGUCUUACCAGUAAAUGGUCAACGGUUGCAGAGUUUUGUAAUCGUAGCUGUGUUGUCCCAACCAGGCUACUUUUUGCGUCACUCAAAAAGUCUUACAGCAAACAGAAUUAUUUCCCAGCGGGUUCCACUGUGGAAUAUGAGUGCCGUAGGGGCUACAGAAGGGACCAUACUCUGUCAGGAAACCUAACUUGCCUUCAGGAUUUUACGUGGUCCAAACCCGCUGAAUUUUGUAAAAAGAAACCAUGUCCUAAUCCUGGAGAAAUAAAAAAUGGUCAUGUCAUUAUACCAGAUGGCAUAUUAUUUGGCGCGUCCAUCUCUUUCUCAUGUGACACAGGGUACAGAUUAGUUGGUGCAGAUUCUAUUUACUGUUCUCUUGUAGAAAACACUGUUGGGUGGAGUGAUCCAUUGCCAAAAUGCCAAGAAAUUUUUUGUCCAGAACCACCAGAAAUUGACAAUGGAAUAAUUCUAGAGAAACAGGAGAGUUAUGCGUAUAGACAGUCUGUAAAAUAUAAGUGUAUGGAAGGCUUCACCCUGUAUGGAGAGCGCUCUAUCUAUUGCACUGUAAAAGAUGACCAAGGAGCGUGGAGUGGCCCCCCACCUGAAUGCAGAGGAGCUUCUCGAGUAUCCGAGUUCAGACCAACAGUUCAGAAAUCCACCACAGUAACUGUUCCAGGUACCAAAGCCCCAUCAGCUCCUCAGAAACCCACCUCAGUGAGUUCUCCAGCUACGAAGUCCCCACCAUCUCCUCAGAAACUCACCACUGUAAAUGUUCCAGCUACAGAAACCCCAUCAACUCCUCGGAAACACACUACAGUAAAUUCUUCAGAUAUAGAGAACCCACUCAACCCUCAGAAACACACCACUACAAAUGUUCCAGCUACAGAAACUCCAUCAACUCCUCAGAAAUCCAUCAUAAUAACUUUUUCAGCUACAAAGUCCCCACUAACUCCUCAGAAACUCGCCAUUGUAAAUGUUCCAGCUACAGAAACCUCAUCAACUCCUCAGAAACCCAUCAUAAUAACUUCUUCAGCUACAAAGUCCCCACUAACUCCUCAGAAACCCAAUAUGGUAAAUGUUCCAGCUACAGAAGUCCCACCAACUCCUCAGAAACCUACCAAAACAAAUGAUUCAGUCGCAAAACCCCCAAAUUUCCCCACACCAAACACUCUCUCUCCAGCAGCCCAGAAUCCCUUCAAGACAAAUGCUUCUGCUACACAGGCCGUACCAACAACCCAAAAAUUCACCACAGCAAAAGCUUCACUUACACAGAAUCUUCGAGCAACACGAAACUCCACUGCUCUACAUCCCCCAGUGACCAAGGGUUUCCACACAACACAAAGAUUGACCUCUGCUCAUGUUACAGCAACGAAGAGUCCAACUGUUUCCAAGGCAACCACGCGUUUUCACACAACAAGCACCUCAAAAGGACAUAAAAGCCCUUCUUCAGGUGCUAGCAUCAUUGCAUCUGGACAUGCAUGUAUAACACUGACAGUUUUGCUUGUGAUGCUAGCUACCAUUGGCUAGCUGACUUAGCCAAAGAAGAGUUAAGAAGAAAGUGCACACAAGACCACAGAUUAUUUCUAGUUUCUUAGAACUUUCUGGUGGAGUGGAUACAGUGUAUGUGUUAGUGCUCUUUGUUUUGCAUGCCUUCAAUGUCUUCAAUUGCAUAGGAAUGUCCAUGAAGCAAGGAGAAACGAAUCUGUCCUGGAAUCACAUUCUCAACACUCCUAAGACUCUUGAAAAUAGAACAACUCCUAAGACUGAGAGUGAUUACUUUCCUAAAAAUGUGGGGAAGUAAAGAGAUUUGUUCAUGCUUAGAAUCGGAGCAAGAAGAAAAGGAAGAAAGGGAUUUUUUUUUUCACCAAAUCUGUAAUGUUACUUUUACUUACAAAGGAAAUAGUUUAAAAACAUUAUUUGGAUAUUGAAAACAAACAGACAAAAUACUAAAACUAGUCUCUUCUAAGAAAAAUUGCCAAAGAGAGAUGACCCACAUUAUAAAGUAAUUUCUUCUUGACUGUAAGGCAUUUUCAUCUUUUCUUAUUCCAUUAAAAUGAGUUUGCAUCAUUUGGCAAAAUAUUUUAAAGAAAAGACAUGCUAAUGACACGAGUGUUGAGUUUCUUGGGUUAGUUGGUAGCAAAGGAGGAGUACAGAAUGAAAGAAUAAUUCUUUCCUUGUCAUACUAGCCCAGAUAGUGAAUUCACCCCUUAUCUGUAAGAUGGAUCAGCUAUAAUUUUGUUCUUAGGACUAUUUUUUUUUGGAAAAAGAGCCCUGUGAAAGGGCAAAAGAUAUCUUGUUGACUUAAUGUCUUUAAAAGUACCCAGAGAUAUUAUGAUAUUAAUAUAAGGAAAGAUUCUAUAUUUCUGAAGUGAGAUGUUCAUAGCCAAAUCAUAAAUUUUAUUCUUUUAUAAUAAUAUUAAGAUUAAUUUAUAUUUAUUUAUGUCAGCAAACACAUUAGUUUUACAUGUAUACCAAGAAAAGUUCAAGAAGAUAUGUAAAGAAAAAUUUAUUUUCCCUAAAUAGAAAUAAAUAAUUGAUCACA